GUGCGAUCCAUGGAGGGAGUCGGGGUGCCCAGAACAUCCACUCACUUAGGGACCAAACACCACCCCGUCUGGUGACUCCUGGUUUUUUUGGUUUUGGUCGAUCCCGACCUCGAAUCGGAAAGGACGUUAGGAUGGAAAGGACGGUGCGUUCUCGGCGUUCUGGCGCGGUCCGGCUCGAGCCGGCGCGAUGUGUUUCUCUUAGACCCCAAAAACGCGGUGUUCGCCAGACCAAAGAGUGUGUGGUGCUUCGCCAUGGAAGCUCGCAGAUCCUCGAAGUUUGCAGAAGUUCCUCACAGUGAGACCACGGUGGUGCUCACCGGCUUGCCGAAAACCCUGAACGCCGAGAUCAUGUUGGGGAUCUUAGACAAGAGCUUCGCAGGCCGUUACGACUACUUCUAUUUACCCAUGGACGUGGAACGGGUGGAGAGCAGGGGACUGGCGUACAUCAACUUUCGUUCUCAUGCGGACGCCGUGAGGUGCUGCCGUGACUUCAACGGCUUCAGCCGAUGGCCUGGGACGCAGCAUGACCGAAGAUGUCGAGGACAGUGGUCCUCGAUCCAAGGGUUGGAGGCCAACAUCGAGAAGCAGCAGCAGGCUGAUUGGGUCAGCUGCAAUGUGCCAGAAGACUGCAAGCCAAUGGUUUUCGAUGAGGAGGGCAUUCGCCUCCCGACCUGGGAGGUGUUUGUCUCUCUAGACAACAAGGCUUCGGGCAGCAGCUCGAAUGACAAAGGAUGGACGAAUGAAUGGUAUGGAAGCAGCUCCAGUCAGCCAUCAGAUCGGAAUACGCAUGAGGGCUGGUCAGAAUGGAGCAAGACAGAAUGGAAUUAUGGCUGGUCGAAAGAGGAUUCCUGGAAAGACAAGACGUGGAAGUCUGCCUGGUCGAAAGAGAAGUCUGCCUGGUCGAGGGAUGAGACCUGGACAUCUGCCUGGUCGAAAGAGAAGUCUGCCUGGUCGAGGGAUGAGACCUGGACGUCUGCCUGGUCGAAAGAGAAGUCUGCCUGGUCGAAGAAAGACAGGUGGGACACUGGCAUGAGGGGCUUCCAGGAGGUCUCCCAGCUUGAACAGUGCGAGGUCACGAAGGUCCCCCAGGUCUCGCCUUCGGAGCAGGUCUCGUUGGUUGAGCUUUUCGAGGGGCUUCGCUUGGUGGACCCUCUCCGUUUGGACUCCGUGGACGCGACCCGCGCGGCCCCGGCAGUGUGGAGCGAGAGCGAGAGUUCCUGCGUGGCGUGUGGGGCGAAGUAUGCCUGUCCAGCUUGCAGAGCUGGUUUUGCCAAGUGGUCUGCCUGUCAGCAUCACAUUGUGAAUUCCGAAUGUGUGAAGGUCAUCGAGCUGGACAAGGUGGACCUGCAAGAGGUCUGUAAACAGGCGAUCCACAGGACAGAGAAGGAGGUGGACAGAGGACAGGCGAUUCAGACACAUCAGGAGAGCAUUGUAGAGGAAGAGCGUCGCUUUCAGUGAAUCAGCUGAAGGCCUAGCAGGACAGCGAUCGCCGCGACUAGUCGCGAGCAUGG